CAUGGCUGUAAGUGUCUGUCUUGUACCUCCUUCAACACGUGCUAGUUUAUAUUUCUUCUAAAUCAUUGAUACCACCCAGUAUUUAUGUUGACACGUGCGAACCAGGGAGGCAAUGCCGAGAAGGGGCAGGCCUACAUCGCGGCCUUGGACCAGGCGCGGAGUCAGGGCAAAUGGGAUGAGCUCCCCGAAUUGAUUCGAAAGGUCACAAAACAUGCACCGCAAAGGACUUGCCUAAUACAGACCGCAACAGCGGAAUUGCGUGUGAUUGCAUAUCUUCAACAAAAGUCCUCCGGCGACUCAUCUUCUUCCUCCCCGAACCUUGCCGAGUUGAUACCAGCCCUAUUGAUGACAAUUGAGAACAAUGACGGGUCACCACAAGAAUUAUUGCAAGCGCAGGUAUGUUUGGGGUGGAUACACUGGGCUUUGGAUGAGCCUGGACUUUCGGCAGGGCGUCUCCCUAAGGAUUUUGCGGCAACGCUUGAUAGCUUGGCCAGUGGGGGAGAGCAGCCUACUUCGUGGACCGAGGUCUGUUUAGUGAAGGGGUGCUACAUCAAGGCAACCGCACAAUCUACCGCUGCAGACAUUAAUGAGACACUGGAGACAUUUGCAUCUCUAAUUCCAUGGCUAAGCGGCGGCAAAUUAGCCUCAAUCACCACCCCGCAAUUUUUGAACUGGUCCGAGUUACUUCUGGGCAAUGGUGCUCUUUUGGCCAGCAUUGAAGUGACCAAACACACACCCUAUUCGGACCCUAGGCAUGCAGGUAUUGCCUUGCAAUUGCUCAGGCUGUGGGCGGCUCAUCCUGCUGUGAAACAGGGGGGGCUCUGCUACCAACUCAUCGAGUUUCUCACAGCAGUCCUACAGGACGGGGUUACAUACACAGGCCCCAACGAUGGACCAGACCGCCCGCAACUCUGCAGUGAAUUGCGCCGCAUAGAGACUAUCUACGAACGUAAUCUUCUCUCUGAAGUCAUGUUUCCUACAGCCAGCUCGCUGAACUCUCAAGUCGAGGAAUGGGUGGAGCAAGUGAUCAGGAACUGGCAAGUCCUGUGUGGUCCUGAGUGGCAGGAUUCGGACGUCGGCGAAGGAGGCCAGAGUGCGGUUGGUCGGGGUGUUUUAGAGAUUCUGUACCGGGCAGCGACAAAGACCUACCACUCUCAUUUGGUACUCCGACGUCUCUUCCAUGUUCAUUCUGCUUUAGCAGACUUUGACCUCGCUGUGAAAGCGCUCGAUUCCUAUAUUGAGAUUGUCAUUGCAGCCAAAGAAAGAGCAGAGAAGUCUGCCGAGUCCGGGGAGCUGGAAAAGGAUGAAGUGUUGCUGCAGACGCUCUCCGAAGGAGUUACAUUAUUAAGCUGCGUUGGCUCAUUGGAAGAGGCAGAGAAGGCCCGAGAUCUGACUGAAAUAAUACGAGAGUAUAUUGACAAGCACAAUACGCCUCCCACGAACGGUCAGGUCAAUGGCGAUUCUACUAACUUGCCAAACAUCCCUCCUUCCGUUCUGGCCUCCUCCUACCGAGCUGUCGGCGUUGGACUUGCGUGCUGGGCAAGCUGGACUCCUGUGAAUGAAUCACGCGAUGAUAUCAGAGCCGAUGCGAUUGAAUACCUCGAAAAGAGUCUUGCUCCAGAAUUGGGAAGUAACUCAAACCACUCCUCACUUUACACCUUGGGCCUUGUCUUGGCCGAGAACAGAGAUUUGGACACUGCAAUUGACUAUGUUAAGUCAGCUCUGACGCCAAGCAGUUCGUCUACUGCGGUAUCUGAUGAUCUUUCUAAAGAACGUGACUUGGUAUCUCUGUGGCAUCUGCUUGCGCUCCUGCUGAGUGCGAAACAAGAGUUUGAGAUUGCCGGGCGUUCAUGUGAGGCUGCAUUUGAGCAGUUUCCCCGAGAAUUAUUCUCGAAGGGUCAUCGGGAACGGCGUUCACCGAGGCAUUCGCAAAACCUCAACCAGCGCCCGCUUGUCAGCAGAUUGCAAGGUAGAGAAAAAGAACGCAUCGUCCAAACCCGCAUUACACAGCUUGCGUUCAUCGAGCUCCUAGAAGGGCCCGAAGCUGCUGUCAACCACAGCACACAAUUACUGGGGCUUUUUGGCACUCUUUUCCAGGACCUGAACCUCGAGUCUGGGGAGACCAAAUCCAAGGCAGACCACCUAGUACCACCGAAGAGCUCUGCCGGGACUACCAAGAGCUUCCGUGGAAGUAUUUUCGCCCGAAACAGAACGACACAGUUACCAGAUCGCCGUGCUGAUCAGAGUAAUGGUUCUGAUUCCAUCAUCCCACCCACCCCAGCUAUUCCCAAUGGUCAUGUGGCGGAUGCCCCGUCAAUCCAAGUCACGGACGAAGACCCUCACAGCCGCCAGGGAAGACCGCCAACGAUUGGGAGGGCAGACUCCAAGAAACUGAAAAAGCGAAGUUCAAGCGUCCAUAAAAACGAGAGGCCGCGUGUUGAAGAGCCUCCGCUUCCUAAUGGGGGUGAAACACCCGCAGAAACGGUCGGCAUGGCAUUUUCUGGCAACAAACCAGAGUCCGCCAUCCUUCCUAACAAAGGCAAGCAGUCACUGCCGGCCAUGGCACACAACAUGAAUUAUAAAGAACAAGCUCCCCCUGCCGGCCAUGAGGAACAACCCCUAAACAGGAUAUCCGGCUCCCAAUCGAAGCAGGCCUUAGGUCUUCUCGUUAAAAUCUGGCUUGUUAUAGCUGGUCUUUAUCGCCGAGCAUCACUAUACGACGAUGCGCGUGAAGCUUGCGAAGAAGCUUCGAAACAAGCCGCGCGAGUAGAAGCACUUGUUGCAUCACAUGAAUCUUCAGCUCGUUCUUUUAGCAAGCGUGGCUGGGGUGCUUCAAAGAGCUCUGAGGAGCUCUGGGCUGAUGUCUACGCGGAACAGGGUCUCUUGUCCCUGGCUCGAUCAAACCCCCAUCAGGCCAUCAAGCACUUCGAGGCAGCCCUUCUGCGCUACCAAGAUCACCCAACGGCGACCAUUGGACUCGCCAAUCUUCUCUUGGACAUCUGGGAUCAAAAAUUGACACCCGAGCCAUUGAAUGCCGACGUGGAUCUCAACGUCUCACGUCUGUCAUUACUGUCAGAGACUCCCAAGCCCCAGUCCGCGAAGGCUAUCUCAACCGACGAUCUUAAGGUAUCAAGCAAGACCGAAAAUGUGGGCCCCGAAGAUGCCCCUCUAUCUGCACAAGAUGUCGAGCCUAAGCAACUGCACCGACUCGCGGCCCGCGAUCGCGCCUAUGGGCUUCUUUCGGCGUUGACAAAGCUCGGCAGCUCCUGGGACAACUCCGAGGCAUGGUAUGCUUUGUCGAGAGCAUAUGAGGCUGGUGAGCAGGUCGAGAGGCUGAAAGAAGUGCUUUGGUGGUGCAUUGAACUGGAGGAUCGACGGCCAAUCCGGCACUGGUCUAAUAUCGGCACUGGUGUCUAUGUCCUCUGA